UCUUUCCACAAUCCCCUUUUAUAUUUCCACAGAACAACAUUAAAGCGCGUGUGAUCACUACCACGAGAUUGCCAGCUAGAAAACAAAACCAUAGUGACUCAUACACAACACGCGCUAGGGUUGGAGAGUGAGGAUUCACAGAAACUGCUCACCAAGAAAAAAAAAAAAAAAAAAAGACUUUCUUUCUAGAGUACCAAAUUCUCUUCUUCUCUGCUCCAAGACGAAUCUAAACAUUCUUUGGAAGAUAUUCGAUCGACAAGAAAAUUAAAACUUCGAGCUUCCAAUGGCAGAUCCGUCAGAAACUCCAAGAUCGUAUCUUAUCUUCAUCAGAAUCAUGAGUAAAAGACGGACAUGGGUUUGUCUCUUCGUCGCCGUCUACGCAAUUCUUUUGUCUUCUUCAUGGAACCUCUUGACAUCAGUUCUCAACUGGUACAAGCUCCAAUACACAUCUUCAUCAUCAUCGUCUUCUGAUUCUUCUCCGUCUAGAUUUCCGGCGGUAUACGCGUCGGUGAUUCUUGGUGCGGUGUUUGGAGUUAUGUCGAUGGUGGCGGCGACGGCGGUGGCUGUACCGGCGGUGAUGGUGAUUUGGAUAUCGGUGGUGGUUCUACUUGCGUUUUUUGGGAAACCAAGGAGAGUUUUGGUGAUUGAAGGAAGAAAGAUUACGAGAGAAGUUGUUGGAUUUGUGUUUAAGGUUCUUUUGAAAGAAGGCAAUGUUGUUGCUGCUUUUUGUGCUGUCUUGGCUUAUUUUCUCCUUAUUAGAAGAGAUUUUGAUUCAAAUUUAGGGUUCUUGGAAUUUUUUUAGAUUUUUUUUAUGAACUUUUGACAUUUUUUUUUUCUGUUCUCUAACAUAAAGUUGUCACUCCCGAGUGUAAAAUGUAAAUUUAAUAUUUUACAAGAAGGAUUGUUUUAGUAG